UCGGUGUUCAGUGUUUAAAAUGGGAUCCAGAGGAGACUCUGUCUGCGUCUCGAUGUUCUGUUUGGUUUUCUUUAUCCUCGCGCUGCCGCCCAGCCUGGCAGAUGUGAGCUAUUCUAUUCCGGAGGAGAUGAGACGCGGAUCUGUCAUUGGGAGUAUAGCGAAGGACCUCGGGCUCGAUGUUAAAGGACUCUCAGCGCGCAACGCCCGGAUCGAUACAGAAGAUGAUGACAGCCAUUUUGUUGAUAUUCAGCGGAACACUGGAGAUCUGAUUGUUGCCGGGAGGAUUGACAGGGAAGAGUUUUGUGGAACGAGAGUCUCCUGUUCUUUAAAAUACGAGCUCGUGCUGGAGAACCCUCUGGAAUUACACCGCGUUUUACUCCAAAUUCAGGAUAUAAACGACAAUUCACCUCAGUUUCCGAAUGAGAUUAUUAAUCUGGAAAUAAGAGAAUCCGCAGUUAAAGGCGCGCGCUUCCCCUUGGAUCAGGCCCACGACGCGGAUAUCGGACAGAACGCGGUUCAGAGCUACACGCUACAAAGGAAUGAACAUUUUGUUUUGGCUGUUCAUACGAACACAGACGGAGGGAAAUACGGUGAGUUAGUGCUAGAAAAAGAGCUGGAUCGCGAGGAGCAGACGGAGGUGACGUUAUUACUUACUGCCGCUGACGGAGGGAGUCCACAGAGAUCUGCUACUGUAGUUAUACACGUCACUGUGCUGGAUGCUAACGAUAAUAUCCCCGUGUUUAGCCAGGCUGUGUAUGAAGUCAGUCUUCCUGAAAACUCCCCUUUAGGUGCUGUAGUGCUCACAGUCAGCGCCACUGACGCAGACGAGGGCGCUAACGGUCAAGUGACGUAUGAGUUUAGCCGCAUGUCCGUGAAAGGAGCGAAGUUAUUUAGCAUUGACAGGGUGACCGGGGAAAUUCAUGUGAUUGGAUCAAUAGAUUAUGAAAAAGAGUCACAUUAUGAAAUGCAAAUACAAGCAAAAGAUGGAUCCGGCUUAGUAUCUAGUGCAAAGGUAAUUAUCGAAAUCACUGACGUGAAUGACAACACGCCUGUGAUAUUUUUGAAAUCUCUGAACAAUCCCAUCCCUGAGAGCGCGUUACCUGGCACAGAGGUGGGCAUCGUUAAUGUUCAGGAUAAAGACUCCGGGGCAAAUAGACAGGUCCGCUGCUCCAUUCAGCAGAAUGUUCCUUUCAAGUUAACCCCCUCCAUCAAAAACUACUACUCACUGGUAACUACAGGACAACUGGACCGGGAACUAGUCACGGAGUAUAACAUCACAAUCACUGCUACUGACGAGGGCUCUCCGCCCUUAUCUUCCUCAAAGACUGUGCAGUUAUCUGUGUCAGACGUUAACGACAACCCGCCUGUGUUUGAUCAACAGUCGUACAGCGCCUCUGUGGCUGAAAAUAACAAACCUGGCUACUCUGUUCUUUCUGUGCGGGCGAGAGACCCGGACUGGAGACAGAACGGCACGGUAUUCUAUUCUCUGCUGUCCGGUGAGAUCAGCGGUGUCCCGAUAUCCUCGUUUUUAUCGGUUAACGGAGACACGGGGGUUAUCCAUGCGGUCAGAUCAUUUGAUUAUGAGCAGUUGAGAAGCUUCAAAGUCCACGUUGUUGCCAGGGACAACGGUUCUCCUCCACUCAGCAGUAACGUGACUGUGCGUGUGCUGGUGACUGAUGAGAAUGAUAACUCUCCACAGAUACUAUACCCUGCUCCUACAGGGAACUCCUUCAUGACUGAGAUGGUCCCCAAAGCUGCUCACGCGGGCUCCCUGGUCUCCAAGGUGAUAGCUGUGGACGCGGACUCUGGACAGAACGCGUGGCUGUCCUAUCAGAUCGUGAAACCCACUGAUCCGGGACUUUUCACUAUCGGGGUCCACAGCGGAGAGAUCCGGGUACAGCGGGACAUUUCUGAAUCUGACGCCAUGAGGCAGAACCUUGUUGUCUCGGUGAAAGAUAACGGACAGCCCUCUCUCUCGGCAACCUGCGCAGUGUAUUUAGUGAUCUCAGAUAACUUGGCUGAAGUCCCCCAGCUGAAAGACAUGUCUCGUGAGGAGAACAAUUCCAAACUGACUUCAUAUUUGAUCAUCGCGCUGGUGUCCGUCUCCACCUUCUUCCUGACGUUUAUUAUUCUGACGGUGGCCGUGAGGUUUUGCCGCAGAAGAAAACCCAGACUGUUGUUUGACGGCGCAGUCGCCAUUCCCAGCGCAUAUUUCCCUCCCAACUACGCAGAGGUGGAGGGAGCAGGAACUCUGCGCAGCUCUUACAAUUAUGACGCGUACCUAACAACGGGCUCGCGCACCAGCGACUUCAAGUUCGUCAGAUCUUACAAUGACGUCACGCUGGCCGCCGAUCAGACCCUGAAGAGGAGCCCGGAUGAAGCCGUGUUUAAAAUGGGAUCCAGAGGAAACUGUGUCUGCGUCUCGAUGUUCUGUUUGGUUUUCUUUAUCCUCGCGCUGCCGCCCAGCCUGGCAGAUGUGAGCUAUUCUAUUCCGGAGGAGAUGAGACGCGGAUCUGUCAUUGGGAAUAUAGCGAAGGACCUCGGGCUCGAUGUUAAAGGACUCUCAGCGCGCAACGCCCGGAUCGAUACAGAAGAUGAUGACAGCCAUUUUGUUGAUAUUCAGCGGAACACUGGAGAUCUGAUUGUUGCCGGGAGGAUUGACAGGGAAGAGUUUUGUGGAACGAGAGUCUCCUGUUCUUUAAAAUACGAGCUCGUGUUGGAGAACCCUCUGGAAUUACACCGCGUUUUACUCCAAAUUCAGGAUAUAAACGACAAUUCACCUCAAUUUCGGAAUGAGGUUAUUAAUCUGGAAAUAAGAGAAUCCGCAGUUAAAGGCGCGCGCUUCCUCUUAGAUCAGGCGCACGAUGCGGAUAUCGGACAGAACGCGGUUCAGAGCUACACGCUACAAAGGAAUGAACAUUUUAUUUUGGCUGUUCAUACGAACACAGACGGGAAAUACGGUGAGUUAGUGCUAGAAAAAGAGCUGGAUCGCGAGGAGCAGACGGAGGUGACGUUAUUACUUACUGCCGCUGACGGAGGGAGUCCACAGAGAUCUGCUACUGUAGUUAUUCACGUCACUGUGCUGGAUGCUAACGAUAAUAUCCCCGUGUUUAGCCAGGCUGUGUAUGAAGUCAGUCUUCCUGAAAACUCCCCUUUAGGUGCUGUAGUGCUCACAGUCAGCGCCACUGACGCAGACGAGGGCGCUAACGGUCAAGUGACGUAUGAGUUCAAUCGUAUAUCUGCAAAAGCAGAGAAAUUGUUUAGUAUUGAGAGGGAGACAGGGGAAAUUAAAGUGAUCGGAUCAAUAGAUUUUGAAGAGGAAUCAUAUUAUGAAAUCCAAAUACAAGCAAAAGAUGGCUCUGGUUUGGCUUCGAAUGCAAAAGUAAUUAUCAAACUCACUGACAUGAAUGACAACCCCCCUGUAAUAUUUCUGAAAUCUCUGAACAAUCCCAUCCCUGAGAGCGCGUUACCAGGUGCAGAGGUGGGCAUCGUUAAUGUUCAGGAUAAAGACUCCGGGGCAAAUAGACAGGUCCGCUGCUCCAUUCAGCAGAAUGUUCCUUUCAAGUUAACCCCCUCCAUCAAAAACUACUACUCACUGGUAACUACAGGACAACUGGACCGGGAACUAGUCACGGAGUAUAACAUCACAAUCACUGCUACUGACGAGGGCUCUCCGUCCUUAUCUUCCUCAAAGACUGUGCAGUUAUCUGUGUCAGACGUUAACGACAACCCGCCUGUGUUUGAUCAACAGUCGUACAGCGCCUCUGUGGCUGAAAAUAACAAACCUGGCUCCUCUGUUCUUUCUGUGCGGGCGAGAGACCCGGACUGGAGACAGAACGGCACGGUAUUCUAUUCUCUGCUGUCCGGUGAGAUCAGCGGUGUCCCGAUAUCCUCGUUUUUAUCGGUUAACGGAGACACGGGGGCGAUCCAUGCGGUCAGAUCAUUUGAUUAUGAGCAGUUGAGAAGCUUCAAAGCCCACGUUGUUGCCAGGGACAAUGGAUCUCCUCCACUCAGCAGUAACGUGACUGUGCGUGUGCUGGUGACUGAUGAGAAUGAUAACUCUCCACAGAUACUAUACCCUGCUCCUCCAGGGAACUCCUUCAUGACUGAGAUGGUCCCCAAAGCUGCUCACGCGGGCUCCCUGGUCUCCAAGGUGAUAGCUGUGGACGCGGACUCUGGACAGAACGCGUGGCUGUCCUAUCAGAUCGUGAAAUCCACUGAUCCGGGACUUUUCACUAUCGGGGUCCACAGCGGAGAGAUCCGGGUGCAGGGGGACAUUUCUGAAUCUGACGCCAUGAGGCAGAACCUUGUUGUCUUGGUGAAAGAUAACGGACAGCCCUCUCUCUCUGCAACCUGCGCAGUGUAUUUAGUGAUCUCAGACAACUUGGCUGAAGUCCCCCAGCUGAAAGAUAUGUCUCGUGAGGAGAACAAUUCCAAACUGACUUCAUAUUUCAUCAUCGCGCUGGUGUCCGUCUCCACCUUCUUCCUGACGUUUAUUAUUCUGACGGUGGCCGUGAGGUUUUGCCGCAGAAGAAAACCCAGACUGUUGUUUGACGGCGCAGUCGCCAUUCCCAGCGCAUAUUUCCCUCCCAACUACGCAGAGGUGGAGGGAGCAGGAACUCUGCGCAGCUCUUACAAUUAUGACGCGUACCUGACAACGGGCUCGCGCACCAGCGACUUCAAUUUCGUCAGAUCUUACAAUGACGUCACGCUGGCCGCCGAUCAGACCCUGAAGAGGAGCCCGGAUGAAGCCGGUGAGCUGGAAGGCGGAAGUGAGGGCGAAUCAAUAGCUUCUGUUCCGAUCCUGUGA